GUUUGAUAGCAGACGCAGCCUUUUCUAGACUGGCCUAUGUUCAGCAAGGAGUUUGUAAAUUUCGUCAUUGUAAGAUAUAAAUUUCUCUAUUAGGAUGACCAUGAUUUCAAAGGCUGCAGUGGGUAUUGCUGUUGGCAUAGCUGGAAUUUUUGUUGGAUAUUGCUUUUAUUUCGAUCAAAAGCGUCGUAGUGAUCCAGAUUUCAAAAAGAAAUUGCGUGAACGUAGAAAAGCAAAAAAACAAGCCCAGAGUUCUACUUCAAAAAUCCAAGAUUUGAAAGACCAUGAAGUAGUACAAAGAUUUUUCUUACAAGAGGUCCAACUAGGAGAAGAAAUGCUUACUUGUGGUGAUGUAGAAGGAGGAAUUGAACACUUAGGAAAUGCAGUUGCAGUUUGUGGACAACCUGCACAGUUGUUACAAGUUCUUCAAAAGACACUGCCACCACAAAUUUUUCACCUUUUAUUACAACGAUUACAACCUAUUAGCCAGAAACUAUCAACUCAAAUUGCAAUGGCUGAGGAAGAUGUUGAGUAAAAUACUAUACAAAUUGCGUUGAAUAUUCCAAAAAAUAAAAUCAAACCAUUAGUAGAAAGUGUAUGUUUUUUUUGAUGGUGUAGACAUUUGUGUGUCUUUAAUCUGGUCAAGCUUCUUAAUUAUGUCUUGUUCUCCUUGACUAAACUUCCAUAUUCCUUAAUUGUAUAUUAUUAAGUCAAAACGUGAUUACUUAUAUGCAUUUAAAUUAUAAAUGGAAGAAAUUCUUGUAUUCAUUUCUAAAUACAAUCUCUAUUUAAAAAUUUUCAUUAGCUAUUUUUGAAAUUGUGACUGCCACAAUAAUGAAUUAUAGUGUGCAGACUAAGUAUGUGUUAAUUAAAAUGGCAGAAGAUACAUAUAUAUAACACACAAACUCUAGAAAGAUCUCUAGUCACACAAGAUUUUCUUUAUACAAUAUGAAUAUAAUAAAUUGUUCAUAUUUGUUAAAUGUUUCACAAUUUUAAGAGUGAGCAGAAGUGUAAAAGUAAUUAAGGAGUGCAUUGAUCUUAUUAUAAAAGCUAAUAUAAUUAGUGCUAUAGAAGUUUCAGAAUAAUUUUAUGUAUUGGUUAUUGUAACAUGUUGAAAUAUUAUACUCCCUUAAAAAGGAAUUCAUGUGAAA